UUUGUUAGAUUUUGUCUCUUGUCGAGCUUCGUUGUCUUCCUCUUCCGUUGUUCAAAUUCAAAGCUUUGACAUUUGAGACAAUGAUCUCUCAAUAUGCGAUUCCUGGUAUGGUAAAGUUGGUACAAAGCUCACGUGAGUUAAAGAAGCUAACCGUACACAUAAAGGAUGAGGGACGCAUCAUACCGGACGAGUUUCUUGACUACUACUUGAAAUGUCAUGGCUCCAAAACUGAUAAAACCUGGACCUCGGAAGCGAGGCUCUUUAAGAACAUUAUCCGCGAGAAUGUUGAGUCGAUGCACAUGGCUUCGUUCAUGGAACUUGUGCUUAAAAUCACAAAGACUUUAGAGAAUAUGGUGAUAAGGUUUGGAAGUUAUCUUGAAGAAAGAAGAUUUGAAGAGUUGCUUGAUAUGGUUCCAGUGCUUUCCCAUGAAAACAAUAACGUCUCCAUUGUGCUUGGCUCAACCACCAAAUCAGAUCAAACGUUUUUUGUCUCAAUGAAAGUCAGAUCAAAUGUUUAAAUGUUAUAAGUUUGAUUAAGGGGUGGCUAUUGUUUUCUUUAUCAGCUAAGCCAAGAGGUUGAAUCUUGCAGUUUUUACAAUACCAAGCAGAAUUAAAAACACAUGAAAAAGAGUAUUAUAUUUAUAUACCUAACAUGAACUUUGACUAAGCACAUAGUCUGAAGAAUUGAUGAUUCUCCAUCCUGUAGGAGUUAUCAGAUACAAGGUGUCAAAGUUUGAUCUGGUUCAGUUCACCA